AUGGGCGGCGACGACAUAGAUGCUAUCCUCGCGCGCAUGCGCGGAGGCGACGGCGCAGGUCCGUCGGGCGCGACGGGAGCGGCCGGGGACGUUGGACGGCGGGCCGCGACCGCGCGGGCGCCCGUGGAGCUCCACGCGUGGCUGCGCGAGGCCGACGACUGCGCGGGCAUCUGGGACCCGUCCGUGGCGUGGUCCCCGAAGCGGCUCCUGCGCCUCAGCAAGUGGUCCCGGGGCAGCGGAGCACUGCUCAUGUCUUCGCUGACCUCGGACAUCGUGUGUCUGGCCGUGCAGCGGUGCGCGGGGACGCUCGGGACGCUCUGGCCGACGCACUUCGAGUCCUGGGUCUUCUCGCGCCUCUCCGCCGCCGCGUCAGGGCCCGACUCGGACCCUGUCAUACCGGGAGACCCCUCCACAAACCGCGCCGACCGCGACCUGACGUCACUGCUCGUCGACGCCGGGACCUCGGAGGACGACGCGAAACAGAUAUGCUCCGAGCUCGGGAAGGCCGCGACGAAGCAAGCGCGGCUCGUGCGCGCCGUCCCCGCCGCCGUCGCGCAGCGCGUCCGCGUCGCGGACUUCCAGGAGGGCGGCAGCGGCCCCCGCAAGGCCCUGUCGCUGUCGGGCGUCACCCUGCACGUCAACGCGCCCCACUACCGCAAGCUCUGGUUCUUCUGGUGCCGCGCGGCGUGCGAGGACGGCGCCGCGUGGGCCCCCGGGGCGACGCCGCUGCCCGAGGGCCCCGGCCCCGAGGGAGAUAUGAGCGAAAAGUUCCACCGAGACCUGUUUUGCCUUCUGGCGCGGUACAAUGCGCUGCAGGGCGGGAGCCAGUCCGGCGGGGGGUUCCAGGCCGCGCUGCACGAGGAGGCGUUCGACGUGCUGCGCCGCGACCUCGGCUGCCGCAUGGAGUGCUUCGCGUCGCCACUCAACGCUCGGUACUCGAGGUUCUGCAGUGCGUUCCCAGACACGGAUUCUCGAUUCGGUUCGCUCGGUUCGUUCUUCGACUUCCGCCCGGACCGCGGGACGUUCGAGGCGAACCCGCCCUUCGAGGACAGCGUCAUCGCGCGCGCCGCGGCCCACAUCGACGCCCUGCUGUCAGCCACAUCACGCCCCCUCCUCUUCGUCGUCACCAUCCCCAGGUGGCCCGCACGCCCCGGAUGGAAGGCCGUGCGCGCCAGCAAGUUCGUCCUGAGGCACGACGUGCUCCCUGCGCGCGCGCACGGGUACACAGAGGGCGCGCAGUGGGCGCGCUCGUCGCGGUGGCGCGUCGCCACCUUUGACACGUCGAUCUUCUAUGUGGGGAACGCUGCGGCGGGGAGGGAGCACGGGCGGGUGCUGGCGGGCGCGGCACUGCGGGAGCGGCUCGAGGCGGCGUGCGCGAGCAAGCACGCGCGGGCGUGGGGCGGGGCGGGCAAGCGGCGGCGCGAGGGGGAGUGUGCGGGGGGGGGUCCUGGGGAGAAGGCUGCGAAGAAGCGGUGA